UUUUUCAUAUUUUUUGUUCGCUACCGAGGAAGACGACCAGCGCGAAUCUCAAUCGGUGCUUUAGUUUAGUGCCACCAGUUCAUCAGCUAGGAUCAUUUUGUACAUUCGUUCGCGAGACAAUAAGUGUGAAGAUGAUGCAUAAAUGGCUGCAAUUAUGCUGCCUCUGUGUAAUCGCGACCUUCACUUCAGCCCAUAACUAUAACACACGACAUAAUCAAUCCCCAAGCACUACCGAAAAACAAUAUAAUUAUGGAACUUCAACUCCAACCAGUAAUUACCAACAGUCAAAUAAUAAUGUAACUGAGGGCACCCCAGCAAAUUCAGACACGGGAUAUUCUACCGUACAAGAUCCAUCCAGGACUUCAACCACUGAUUUGCAGCUACAACAACCAGAUGCUAACGUUGCGGUGCAUGGCAAGCAAAUCAAUGCUGACGGUACGGCUUCCAAUACACAAGGCACUCAAUCAAAUCCAGUCUCGAGUAAUCCUCCUGUGCAAAAUCCAUCCAGGGAGAGGCAUAUAUGCACGAUAGUUAUCCAUCCUUUCGAUUGUGGGAUUACGAAUGUUAAACUAAGGAAAGGAGAGCAAGCUGACUUUGGCCUUGGUUGGGAGAGAAACCGGCAAAAAAAGAUAACUUUCGAGAACUCAAUAUUGCAAUAUUUGCCAAAGAAUUUGAUCGAUGCGUUUCCAUCAUUGCAACUAUUAAAGCUUGAAGAUUUACAAAUCACGGAAAUUGAGCCCCAUGCGUUCCAGAAUGCCAAUAAACUAUCAAUUCUACUGUUACAAAACAAUCAACUAGGUGAAAUUGCUCGUGGAAGCUUCGAAGGAGCAAAUCAGCUGACGUAUAUGAGUCUGUCCAAUAAUGAUAUUACUUACAUGGAUGACAAUACAUUCAAUAGAGCCAUUUCUUUGAAAUCCCUUUGGUUAGACGGCAAUAAAAUCGAACGAUUACCUAACUUUGGUACCAAUGUCGGUCUUGAAUCAGUAAAUGCUUCGUAUAACAGCCUGAAUAGCAUUCCUGAUAAUCAUUUUGCUUACAAUUCGCAACUGAAGAAAAUUGACGUCUCCCACAACCAACUCACACAAUUCGAUCUCUGGCAGCUGAACAACAAAGCGAGCUUGAAUACCAUCGAUGUAAGCUUCAAUGGUUUGACAAGGUUAUACAUUCCGAGAUACGCCCAAAUCAUAAAUGCUAGAAACAAUUCGAUUGAGAGAGUAACUGUUGAACAAUGCGGUCUACAACACCUGAGCCUUGCCUCCAACAGGAUUAAAGUCAUGCCGAACUUAGGCAGAUGUACACAGUUGAUGUCUUUGGAUUUAUCAGACAACCUUCUGGAAGAAUUUUCACACGCGACACUUGCUAACGCUCGCCAGUUAGAGUAUCUGAAUCUUGCGCAUAAUCACUUAUUCCAAAUAAAUCUUCCAGGAGGACAGGCACCGCUUAGCUGGAAACAUUUGGACCUAUCGAAUAAUUACCUCAGCUACGGUCCCAAGGUUUUGAAAAGCCUAGCUCAGCUUGAUGUUUUAUUAUUGAACAACAAUCGAUUCAUUAGUUUCGAUUUCGACGGUUUGCAGAAUAUUCAAGCGUUAUUCAUAUCUCACAAUGAAUGGAACUGUAACAGCGUGAGUGCUGUAAUUCACAAGGUAGCAGAUCCCAACACCCAUCAAUGCUCGCCGGGUUUCAAAAAUUUACGUGGUGUCUGUUGCAAGGAUUAUGUGAACCCAUACAACGAUCGAUUUAAUGAGAUUUUGCGCGACAUUCAUUUGUCUGAAGUGAACCAGAGGGAUAGCCUGAAACAGCAGUGUUCAUCCUCGCAAAAUAACCCACAGCAAUAUGCUAUCGAGAGCCAUAAAAUUGACGGUAUUCGUGCUGAAGCAGCCUCCGCUGAUGCCUCCAAACGGGAUAUUUUGAAUAAAAUAGCUCUAGUUGAAGAUAAUCGCGCAAGACUCAACGAGCAGAACCGAAAUGCGGAAGAACAACGCCGCUUGCUAGGUAAUCAUCAGGUCGGACUGAGCAAAGAAAUUGAGAAACAAAGAGAAAUGUACGGGAUAACAAAGGAAGGAUUAAUUAGUGACAAGUGGAUGCUUGAAAAGAUAAUCAAGUUCGUAGAGAGCAGGAUGGUUUUCCAAAACGAAUUGCUAUCAACGCGUAGAAAUACUUUCGCGGAAACAGCCCAACAAAUCGAAGCACUAAAUACUGAGAAGACGAAUUUGGAAACUUCUCUGAACAAAUUGAAGCAAGACACCGAAAGUUUAAAGCAGAACGAGAAGAAACUAAAAACAGAAAAAGAUACCUUGGAGAGGCAGCUAAAUCGCAAUUCUGCAUCAAUCCACGGAACAUCUGGAAGAGUUACAAAGUAAUACUAAGAUAAAUAUGUCAUUGAAGUGAAGACCAUAUAUAUUGCUGAUGUCUCUAAUUCCUAUAAAUGGUGGUUUCACCAGACGAGCUUAAGAUAGUGGUCUUAUUUGUCACGAAUCUGCACUGCACUAAUGACUAUUGCUCUCAAUGCGAAUGUUUUCAUUUUACAAAUAAUGCUAACCAGAAUACUCAUUCUGUCAAAACAAAACCAAGAGAAUAUUUUCUAAAUAGAGUAUAAAUUGUGUUAGCAACAAGAAACUUACACACUAUUAUUAGAAAAUUCAUGAAACAGAAACAAAAAUAUAAACCAAGUAAAAUAUCCCUA